ACAAGGUGUGUGAGACUCAGCAUUGAAUUCUUUUCCACCUUGAGGUAUUGAUUUACUGAUAUGACGUUCCAUAUGUCUUCUGAAUCUUGCAUCAUAUAGCAUCACAGACAAUUAUUUUACUUUGUCUUUUUGUCUGAUGCAGUCCUCCAGUCUAAUUAUGGGGUGACAUUAAUAAUACAAUAAUAAUUGUCGCGGGAUUAUAGUUACCGGUAAGGAUUAAUUAUGCUGGAGUCAGCCUGAGGCCAGCUGAUGAUAUUAUUCUAAUUACUUCUAAUUUAAGUUCUAAUUCCAAAGGAGGAGAGAAAAAUCUAGUAAUCUGUGAAUGAGAUAUUGAAUGUAACACUAUAGUACCGACUUUGGAUUAUUGAGUCUUACUGAUAAAGGGUGUGGCAUUGUUGGAACAUCUAGACAGGAAUUGAUUUCUUUAGUGUACAGUACUGGCAGAGUUUGCACAGAACAGGUACCAGUAUACCAGUAUCGUAUACCUGAUAUGAAUUGUAGACUAAAAUUAAUAGAGGAUGGAUUCAUUUUGUGUUAUUUCUUUAAAACUAAGAUUUUCACCAAUGCUGCAAAUUUUACGAUAUGACUGAAUUCUUUUGAGGUGAAUUUUAGUGCGAGUUUUUAUUUAAUGGAAUGCUUCUUUCAAUCAAUCUGGUAUGAAGGGCGUGAUACACAUAGAUAAAGCUGAAUUGCAAGCAUGUAAAAAUAGAUGCAAUUUAGAAGGGAAUUAGAAAGUGGUAUGAAGUUCAUGACUUAAUUCCUCACUCAGUGUAUUAUAUAAGUUACAUAGUUUUAUUAAACUUGAAGUGCGUUGUGUGUAUUUGAUGAUCUGGCAGUUUCAGGUUUUGACCUCUUGAGCUCAUUCUUAAUACACGAGACAUUUUUCUGCCACUUAGCAUCAGAGGCAUGUGACUUUGAACUGGACGUGAUUUCUGUGUUUUUUAAAAACAGUCUACGAUUAGCUGAUGUACUCGUCUCACCAGAGUGAGCCUGCAGUGUGACAGCUAAGGGUCUCCAGUCAGCAUGGCGCUACACCAGGGAUCCCUGGCCAUUCUGGAGAACAAUGUGGGGGUCAGUGAUGCCGUUCUCCUUGACCCAGUCUCUGAGGAUGCUUUUAUUGAGAACCUCAAGCUACGAUACCAACACAACCAGAUCUAUACUUACAUAGGGACCGUGGUAGUGUCUGUCAACCCAUACAAGACCACCCCUCUGUACACCCCAAGCAUCAUCGAGGAGUAUCGAUCCAGGAACAUAUAUGAGCUCCCUCCCCACAUAUAUGCUAUCACAGAUGAAGCGUAUAGAUCAAUGCGUGACAGGCAUUUGGACCAAUGUAUUAUUAUCUCGGGAGAAAGUGGAGCAGGCAAAACAGAGGCCUCUAAGGUAAUAAUGCAGUAUGUGGCGGAGGUUUCCGGGAAAGGAGAAAACAUUGACACUGUCAAAGAGCAGCUGCUACAGUCCAAUCCAGUUCUGGAAGCAUUUGGAAAUGCCAAGACCAACAAGAAUGACAACUCCUCAAGAUUUGGAAAGUACAUGGAUAUAGAGUUUGAUUUUAAAGGGGAUCCGAUUGGCGGAGUCAUAACAAAUUAUUUACUAGAGAAGUCCCGAGUAGCAGUGCAAAUGGCAGGGGAGCGGAAUUUUCACAUAUUUUACCAGCUGUUGCAGGGAGCCAAACUAAGCACAUUAGAGUCGCUAAAGUUAACAAGGGAGAUAAAUGAUUACAACAUUCUAAAAAGUAGUGGUACAGGAGAUGUAGCCACCAUGAACGACCAGGAGAACUUCGAUACAGUGAUGCAUGGUAUGGAGGUAAUAGGGUUUACCUCAGAUGAAGUGACAUCAUUAUUUCAACUCAUUGGAAGUAUUCUGAAGCUUGGAAACAUUGAAUUCUCCCACAGAAGUAAUGAUGAUGGGACAGAUGGCUGUGAUUUAAGCAACACCUCAGCUCUAGAUGAUGCUGCAGCUUUACUUGGAUGUUCAUCAGCUAAUCUGAGCCUGGCCUUGACACAGAGGUCAGUGGAGGUUAGAGGUGAAAAGGUCAAAAGAGAUCUGAGUGUCAAUGAUGGGAUGUAUGCAAGAGAUGCCUUGUGUAAAGCACUGUACAGCAGGAUGUUUUCUUGGCUGGUUGCCAGAAUUAAUGACAGCAUCAAAGUGACUUCCGGAUCAAGGACAGAGGUCAUGGGCGUCCUUGACAUCUAUGGAUUUGAAGUGUUUGAGCAAAACAGCUUUGAACAGUUCAUUAUCAACUACUGCAACGAGAAGCUCCAGCAGAUCUUCAUUGAGCUGACCUUGAAGGAGGAACAGGAGGAGUAUAUCAAGGAGGGUAUUGAAUGGAUUCACAUAGAGUAUUUCAACAAUUCAGUCAUUUGUGAUUUGAUAGAAAAGCCUCCCAUUAAAACCAGUUCUAACGUCGGUAUCCUGGCACUGCUGGACGAGGAAUGCCUGAGGCCGGGGAAUGCCACCGACCUGACCUUCCUGGAGAAACUCAACCAGGCAUGUCAGAACCACCCCCACUAUGAGAGCAAGGCCCUCAAGAAGUGUCAGAAUGACAAGACGCUCAGUCACGGCACCUUCCGACUCAAGCAUUAUGCUGGAAAUGUGACCUAUAAAGUAGAUGGAUUUCUGGACAAGAACAAUGACUUGCUGUUCCGUCAUUUGUCUCAAGCCAUGUACCAAUGUAAACACUGUCUCAUGAAGGGACUCUUUCCUGAAGGAAAUCCAUCAGAGAAGUCUUUGAAAAGACCUGCCACAGCAGGGUCUCAAUUUAAGAUAUCUGUAACGGAACUGAUGAAGAAUUUGCUCUCUAAGAAUCCAAACUACAUCAGAUGCGUCAAGCCAAACAAUUUAAAAGCAGCAGACAACUUUGAUGAAAAUCUAGUCAGAUUUCAAGUCCGAUAUUUAGGCCUUAUGGAAAAUGUUCGGGUGAAACGAGCUGGCUAUGCCUUCCGGCAGGUGUAUUUCCAGUUCCUGUAUCGUUACAAGAUGUUAGCAGGCCCCACCUGGCCACGGUGGGGAGGGAAGCCCCAGGAGGGGGUCAAGAUUCUCCUAGAGGUCCAAGGAGUCCCACAAGAUGAAUAUGCCUUCGGCAAAACCAAGUUAUUCAUCCGAAAUCCUAAAACUUUGUUCGACAUGGAGGAAAAGCGCAGACAGCACAUGCAUGUUUUGGCAACAAAAAUCCAGAGUGUGUACAAAGGCUGGAAGCAGAAAACUCUCUAUCUCCUGAUGAGAAGAAGCCAAAUCAUCAUCAGUGCUCGGUUCAGAGGAUACUGGGGACAAAAAGUCUACAAGAAGACCAAGUCAGCCACGCUUGUGCUGCAGUGUUUUGCCAGGGGCUGGAAGGCAAGAGCUUUGCUUAGAAAAUUGAAGCGUGAGAAACUUGAAAUAGAGUCUGCCAAUGUGAUCAGGAAACACUACCUUGGUUGGAGAGUCAGGAAGGAAUACCAGCCGAGAUUUAGGAGAAUCGCUGGUCCCAAGAUAUCCCGAUUCUUUGUCAUAGCUCUGCGAAAGAAGUUCCUGCUGGAUUUAAAAGCCAAACUCCCUAGUCUGUCUCCCAUUGAUCCUGAGUGGCCAGCGUGUCCACGAAGGUUCCAGGCUGCCUCUGACCAACUGAAAGUGAUGUACCAUGCCUGGAGGUGCCGGAAAUACAGACGAAAAUUUAGUGAAGCUGAGAAAUAUAAAAUGAAGGAAAAGUUGAUGGCAAGUGAACUCUUCAAAGAUAAAAAGGAGGGUUACGCCAAAACUGUACCAAUGCCUUUCAAGGGAGACUAUCAAAACCUACUAGCCAAUCCAAAAUGGAAAAAGUUACAAAGCCAAAUGCCCCAGGAUAGCCAUAUUGUGUUUGCAGAUGUUGUGCAGAAAAUCCAUCGUGCUAAUGGAAAGGCAGUAGAACAGUUACUGGUGAUGAGCUCACAGAACCUGGUUCUGGUGGAGCACCACAGCAUGAUGGUCAAGUACCGGAUCCCAAUCACCGACAUCUCGGCCAUGUCUGUCAGCCCUCACCCAGACAAGAUCAUCGUGUUCCACGUACAGAAGCAUGAAAAUGGUGACGGAUCAUGUAAGAAAGGAGACUUUGUGUUUGUGUGUGAGCACACUAUUGAACUUGUAUCCAAAGCUUGCCUUGUCAUCAAAAACAUAAAAGACACCUUACCGGAGAUCCACAUAGCACCAUUGUUGAAAGCUCAGUUUGGAAAAUCGGAAGUGCAAUUGUCUUUCAAGAACGGACUAACAGAAAAUCUCCCAGGAGGUGUCAAAGUUGUGCGCAAGAAACACACCAUGGACAUCCUGUACAAUUCUCCCACACAGCAAUCAAGUUCCGGAUCUUGAUUUUUAUUAUACGAACUUCAAAAUCAUUCUUCCCAGACAUUUUAGACUUUCACGUACUUACUCCCACCAAUUAAAAAGAAAACCCAUUUAAACAUCAUCCAUUUUCACAUUGAGUCGCAUUGUGAUCAUCAUUCCAAUCGAAAACUUUGAUGGCUCCCAAGUAUAUAAAACUGCUUCUGAAGUAGUUCUUGCAAUAUAUCAUUGGAGAUAUGUUGUUAGCCAUUGCAAUGUAGAUUCCCAAUUUUUCAUUUGAUGUAUGUUUAAACCAAAGAGAAGGAAGUGUUAAUGGUUAGAGAAAUGAUUCUACAAAUUCAUGUUUACUUUUGUGCUUAUACUUUCACAGAAGUGAAACUCAUUUUGUUGUCAAUGUUUACUUUGUUAAUUACUUUUUUGUAUGUCAUGUUUGAAUACAUGUAAUUUAUCUCAUGUUUUUUUUUCACUGGUAAGUUGUAUGAAUGGUUUAAUUCUUGUGUUUUGAACUCAGAAAUUCAAACUGCAUGUUUUAAAAUUUGUUAGAAAUGUGAUUUUAGAUGAAAAAAUGUGGUUGGAUGGAGGACACAAACCCAUUGCUUUUAUUUGUUCAUGUAUAGUGUAUCCAUCUCUAAUAUUCAUGUACAUGUUUGUGUGAAUGUACUGAAGGAUUUGGGAGGUGCAUUUACCAUACUUCAUGACAAUCUAUGACUGUCAAUAAUGAAUCGAUAAAAUCAUCAAUGAAGAGCCAUUUUAUAUGUACAUGUCUGUGUGAGUAAGUUUACUCCAUCGUAAAAGGUCCUGCUGUAGAGAAGUUGUGAAGGCUGCCUUUAGAUUUAUAGAUGAUUGACUUAUUUGAAACUGUUACACAAGUCUGCAGCAGCAAAUUAUGAUCUGAAUUAUUUUGUGGUGUUAUAUAAAUUGCUUUUUACAUUAUUAUACAUGUAGAACUGCGUUUUCUUAUUUCUAUUUUGGUCCCGGUUUCUGUUCAUAGGGUAAUUAAGAACGAACACAAGUGGUACUAGCUUAACAACUACAUUAUAAGUAUUAAAGAUAUGGUAAUUGGUGCUCUUACUAUUUUUCAUAGUAUAUAUUCACAUAUAUUUAAACCUUUUAGAUUCGUUUCUUUUUAUUUUAUGAUUUGUAGAUCUGCCUUAAAUGGAUUUUUUUGUCUCAUGUUAGUGCUUUUAUUGUUUGUAUCUGUUUUUAAAAAAUUCAGUAUUUGAUUUUACAUGACCUUUCCAGAUUCAGUGACAAGCUAUUUUAAAAAGCAGUCCAUAGAAAAAUUAUGUGUCAUGUUAUGAUUGUUGUGAACAGGUAUUCGGAUUUAGUUUCAACUUUGACUAAAAUGCCCUCUUGGUGUUAUGAAAUAAUUUGUUUUUUAAUCCAGUGUUAUUUUUAAAUAAGCCUACUACAUAUACCAUGUAUAGGAUAUAAAUGAACACUGAUUUUAAAUUUUGGGUGUUUUUUUUAUUGUGGGUUUUAUAUAUAUGGAUUCUUUUUGAUUUGAAUUCUAACUAAAAAUACACUAUUUCUGUGUAGUAGGUUAGGCUAUGUUUAUAUUUCUAUGGAAUUUUUAAUUUGCUCUUGGCAGAGAAAACAUUCAUGCAAUGUGUUGUAUUCUCUGUAAUUUUAGGAAUUUGAUAUAUAACUGCGUCGGUUCAAUGAUGGUUUAUGGUUUUGGAAUACCAAUUCAACUGCAUGGUCUUCUCUCAAUUGUGUCAAAUUAAUUUCACCUUUGGGUGCCAAAAGACCUUUCAGUUUUCUUGCAUGUAUAUACCUGUGUACAUUCAUGUACAUGUAUCUGCUGUUGAUAUAUGACACAGCACAGGCUAAUUCUUUUUUUAAACGGGAUGGUUGAUGUAUUUUGCAUCAGAUUUUAGAGAAAGUAAGAUUAGUGCCAUUUUACUGUCUACAGUGUUCUUUUUUCUGUUGUUUUUUGUUUGUUAGAUCUGUUUCACCAUCAUGUAGUUAUAUAUAGUAGUGAUUAUCGGUACUUGAAUCUUGAUCUCCUUGUUUUUGUUAUAAUUGAUUCUUUUCUAGUCUUUAUUUUUUUUUUAGUACAUUUACACUCUAAUCUGACAAAUAUAUACCGGUAGCUAGCCUAUUUCACUUUGGUAAGGUUUUACAUGGAUUACAGGACUGGUAAACUAUAUUCUGUCGAUUCCGUAUUUUAAACGAUUCAGAGAUUCUGCCCUUUUGUAUCAAAUUGGGAGAACAUAAAAUUACGAGCACCAAACUUAUUUAAUUAUGUU